AUGCGCUCCGCCGCCGCUCCGCUGCCGCUGCUCGCGGCCUCGCUGCUGCUGCCGCUGCUCCUGCCCGCCGCGCCCGCCGCCCGCGGCAGCCUGGAGCCACCGGCGGGUAACGCCAGCCGUCCGCCCGCCGCGCCGGGCCCCGGCAACCACAGCGGGGCCAGGCUCAGCCCCGUGCCCGCGAUGCUCCGCGACCUCUCCGCGCUCAAAGCCGCCGUCAUCGGGGCCUGCGCGCUCACGGCCGCGCUCAUCGCCUGCCUCCUGCUCCGCGUCUUCAGGUCUGGCAAGAGGAUUAAGAAGACCAGGAAGUACGACAUAAUCACCACCCCAGCUGAGCGGGUAGAAAUGGCUCCUCUGAAUGAAGAAGAUGACGAGGAUGAAGACUCAACAGUGUUUGAUGUGAAAUACAGAUGGAAAUGGUGUGACAACCCAAGACUUCUGAUGCCUAUUCUGGGCCUCAAGAUUUAUGGCAACAGCUCAGCACAUAAAGAUGCUGCUUGUUGA